AUGAAAGUUUGGACUUUUCUUCCUUGGCUCUCUUGCCUUGUUAUACUCGUCCUGUGUGUUGGAUCCGAGUGCGGGACUGUCUGGAGAAAGGGGCGAUCCAAAAGGGAGUUGGUGAGACUGAGGGAAGCCAAAGCGACCUUCCCAGGGGCUUGUGCCACACGGCUGCCUCGGGGCAAGCGCUCUUUGCCCGGCUUGGAUCGGCGACUGCCCCGCCAGCGUCGUCGCUCCUCCCAAGCGGAGGAGAGCGGCUCAGGACGGGGUAAAGCAGUUUAUUUUACCGGCAGAGGAGACCAGCUGAGGUUAAAGCCGGGAGUGGAGAUCCCGCGAGGGAAUUUUACUCUUGAGAUGUGGGUCAAACCGGAGGGUGGUCAGCGCUCACCCACCGUGAUUGCAGGUCUAUUUGACAAGUGCUUCUACGCCUCCAGUGACCGCGGCUGGCUCCUGGGUAUCAAGGCCGUGAGUGAGCAGGGAAACCGAGACCCACGGUUCUUCUUUUCGCUCAAGACAGAUCGCGCCCAUAAGGUUACCUCCAUCCACUCCAACGCCCGAUACUUACCAGGCCACUGGUCACACGUGGCCGUCACCUACGAUGGCCUUUACAUGAAGCUGUUUGUCAAUGGUGCUCAGACAGCUGUUAGCCGUGAACAAUCAGGUGAUGUCUUCAGUCCACUUACUAAAAAGUGCAAGGUGCUGAUGAUUGGUGGGAAUGCCUUGAACCAUAACUACCGGGGUGCUGUGGAGCGUCUCAGCCUUUGGCGGCAAGCCCUUUCUCAGCGGCAGAUUGUAAGAGACAUGCAUGGUCAUGAGGACCCACGAGACUUUGCUUCCGCCGAGCUGGUCAUCCGUGAGAAUUUCGAACACCCGAUGCGAAAGUGGCUGACGGUGAAAGAUGGCAGCGUUCCGCAGCCUGAUGAGGGUUCGAGGGCAGGCCUGGGCUCCCUGGACACUACCCUUGAACCACCGGCUUGCGGUCAGACAGUUUGCGACAACGUAGAGGUUGUGCGCAACUACAACUGGUUCUGGAGUUUCCGCCGACCCAAGACGGUGCGGUAUCGAGUGGUGAACGUGUACGAUGACGCACGCCGCCGUCCCACCGUCACUGAACAGCAGAUCUACCUGCAGCACCAGCACCUGAACGAGGCCUUCAGCAUGUACAACAUCACAUGGGAACUCACUGUGCACAACGUCACCAACUCCACAUUACGCAAUCGACUGGUGCUGGCCAACUGCGACAUCAGCAAGGUGGGUGAUGAGGACUGCGACCCUGAGUGUAACCACACGCUGACAGGCUUUGAUGCCGGCUACUGCAAGCCCCGCACCCGUUGCCCUGAACACAAACAAGGCAAUGGUGUCUGUGACCCUGAAUGUAACUGGGAAAAUUACAGCUAUGACAACGGAGACUGCUGCAACCCCAACAUCACCGAUGUGACUAAAACCUGCUUCAACCCUGCCUCACACCUGAGGGCCUAUCUGGACGUGAAGGAGCUGAAAGAGAUUCUGAAGUUGGAUGGCUCCACACACCUUAAUGUGUUCUUUGCCAAUUCUUCUGAUGAAGACCUGGCUGGAGUGGCCACUUGGCCAUGGGACAAAGAAGCCCUGACCCAUCUUGGCGGCAUUGUCCUGAACCCAUCUUUCUACGGUACAUUUGGACACACCCAUACCAUGAUCCAUGAGAUCGGUCACAGCUUGGGGCUGUACCACGUGUUCCGAGGCAUUUCAGAGAUUGAGUCAUGUAACGAUGCCUGUCUGGAGAUCGAACCAUCACUGGAGACAGGCGACCUGUGCGCCGACACCAACCCCACGCCCAAAUACAAACACUGCAGGGAUCCCGAACCGGGCAAUGAAACCUGUGGCUGCAACAAUUUUGCCAACACCCCCUUUAACAACUACAUGAGUUACACAGAUGAUGACUGCACUGACUCUUUCACCCUUAACCAAGUGGCUCGCAUGCACUGUUACCUGGAUCUCAUCUACCACACCUGGCAACCAGCGUACAAGCCCCCUCCCGUCCCCAUGGCCCCCCAAGUGGUGGAGCAGGGAGACAACACCCUCACCUUGGAGUGGUUCCCUCCGAUCUCUGGCCACUUCUACGACAGAGAAGUGGGAACAGUGUGUGAUAAAUGUACCGAGGGAGGUGUCCUCCUGCAGUAUGCCUCCAACUCCUCCUCGCCGCGGCCCUGCUCCCCCUCUGGACACUGGAGCCCCCGUGAGGCUGAGGGUCCUCCUGAUGUGGAGCAGGCAUGUGAGCCAAGCGUACGAACGUGGAGCCCUCACAAUGGCAUGGAGAUGGGCAUGGUGCCCCCGCCAUGCCCACUGCAGGGCUGCAUGCUCCAGCUGGAGUUUUCCCACCCCGUUGUUCCUGACUCCCUCACCGUCUGGGUCACCUUCUCCUCCCCCGAAGAGAUGGUGCUUCCUGCCAUCCACAACAUCUUGCUGCUGACAGUGAGCGGUAACAACCUGUCUCUGGGGCCCAGUAACGUCUUCUGUGAUACGCCACUCACCAUCAAGUUGGACGUAAAGGAGGAGGUGUAUGGGGUACAGUUCUUCACCAUGGAGCAGAACCUUGAGAUCGACGCGACACUGCUGGCAUCUAAGCCCAACUGCUCCCUCUGCCGAGACUGCCAGACACUACGUUACCGGCUAACACGCCAUCCGCCCUUCACCCAUACACCACAGGGCAUCAUUCUGAGUGACUCCGCACGCAGAUAUGUGGACAGGGACGUCCAUCCUGGUGGUAUUUACAUGUACCAGGUUCAAACGGUGUCCAGCUGGAGUGAAAGUGAACCCUCCCCUCCACUCACCCACCGCCUUGGAGCACCCUACUGUGGAAACGGCCGCAUUGAGAGGUCCCAUGGAGAAGAAUGUGAUGACCUGAACUCCAUGAACGGUGAUGGAUGUUCAAGCCAGUGCAGGAAGGAACCAUUCUUUAACUGCAUUGAUGAGCCAAGCUUGUGUUAUUACUAUGAUGGUGAUGGAGUGUGUGAGGACUUUGAGCAGGAAACCAGUGUGAGAGACUGCGGACUGUACACUCCGGCCGGUUACUUGGACCAGUGGGCCACGGCCGUGGAGGUCUCCCAUGAGGAGCGUCUCUACUGCCCCGGUGAGGUCGCUGCUGGUUAUCCCGCCGUGACCAAGACCUGUCAAUCCAAAGUGUUUGACUUGUCGGACGGCGUUUCCCAGUAUGCCUGGUUUCCCUGUCAAGAGGCCCAGCGUUCAUCAUGGUAUCAGCAGUACUGGCUGAAGGCUUAUUUCUCACACCCCAUGGUGGCAGCCGCGGUUAUCGUCCACUUAGCGGCAGAUGGGACCAGCUUUGUUGACCAAACCCAGUGCAAUAUCACAGUACAGCUAGUGGACACAAAGGGAGGCAUACACAGUUUAGGUGAUUGGCGGCUGAGCUGUCGAACCAACCCACUAGUGAUCCCAGUCAGUCAUGACCUGAGCAUGGCCUUCUACCAUACCAAAGCCGUCCUACUCAUCUUCCGCUCCGAGUUUGUGGCCAUCUCUGGGGUGGGUCUGCGUUCCUUCCAGUUUUUUGACCCCAUCACUAUCAGCAGCUGUCAGAGCGAUGAGAUCUACAACCCCAUGGGUCAGAGUUGCGUUCAUUACUCCUGCGAAGCCAGUGACUGUCAGGAGUUGCUGAUCCGCAAUGCAGUGGUGAGGUGCAGUGAAGGUGGAGGUGGCUUUUUUAACGGAGCACGCUGCACCGUCACCUGCCACAGCGGUUAUGUUCUCCAGAUCCACCGAGACGAUGACAUCAUCAAGAGCCAGGCCGGCUCCACCGUGACCAUCACAUGUGCCGACGGGAAGUGGAACAAGCAGGUGUCGUGUGAGCCAGUGGAUUGCGGCCUGCCAGACAAGUACCAUGUGCACCCAGCCAUUUUUGACUUCCCAGAGGGCACCACCUAUGGCAAAGUCAGUACUUUCCAAUGCAAGGAGCCUGCUCAGCUUGUUGGUACCAAUAACACAUUGACCUGUAUGGAGGAUGGGCUAUGGUCUUUUCCGGAAGCCCUGUGCGAGCUGCGGUGUCCGGCGCCUCCUCCCGUACCCAACGCCGUUCUCCAGACCAAACGAUGUAACGAGACGGGCCUCAAAGUCGGCUCACUGUGCAAGUAUAAGUGCAAGCCAGGAUAUCACGUCAGGAACAAACCCAAGAGGCGUGCUUUUAAGCGUCAGUGUACGGAGGAUGGCCGCUGGUUGGAGGGGGCAUGUGAGCCGGUGACGUGCGAAGCCCCACCACCGGUUUUCCACGGCACGUACCAGUGCACCGAUGGCUUCAGGUUUGACAGCACCUGCUGGAUAGACUGCUCAGGGGGUAACCACACGGAGAGACCAUUCACCCCCUGCAAACAGGGGCCGACCUCCAACGUGAUCCGAUGCAGGAAAGAUGGGAACUGGACUGGAUCUUUCCGGAUCUGUCCUCACCUGAAAGGGCAGUGCGCUCUACCUCAGAACCUCCACCCCAGCAUACGAGUAAACUGCAGGAAAGGGCAUGGCAUAGGGGAGGAGUGCGAGCUGUCAUGUAGGGACAGCAACAACGAUGUGGUCAUUUUACCAAGUAACAUGACAGCCGGCAGCAUUCUGCGACAUCACUGGAUGAACCCUGACAAAGUCAAGAGCAUCGUCUGUACCAUGGGACUGAAGUGGUACCCCCGGCCUGAAGAGCUGCACUGCAUAAAAGGCUGUGAGCCGUUUAUUGGAGAUAAUUACUGCGAUGCUAUCAAUAACCGAGCCUAUUGCAACUACGAUGGAGGUGACUGCUGCCACUCCACAGUCAAGACCAAGAAGGUGAUUCCGUUUCCGAUGUCGUGCGAUAUUCGGAAAGAAUGUGCGUGCCUGGACCCCAACGCGCCAGAAAACAAGAGGGGGGAUCACCUACCGUCGCUUGGCUGA